UAGACGAGAUACCGUUUGUUUACUACUCGUCUACAGAGCUUACUCGAUUUUCUUAUGCGUUACAGCCUUUGCAACUCUGGAUCUUUUUUUUAAGAACAGCGUAUAUCUGCCUUCUGGAAGCAUCAGCAGUAGCGGCAGUGAGCGGCGUCGCGCAGCGGAGAUGCCGGGCGCCGCCUGGUUUCUAUGCCUCUUCGCUCCGGCGGCCUUCGGCAGGCAGCUCAAUCUGCCUUGUCUCAACUCCACGUACAUCCUCAACGUCGUGCUGCUGGAGGACGACGACGGCUCGCAGUGGAGUAUGAAGGAGGUGGAAUUAGCGGUGGAUAGCGCCAUCGAAAAAGACAAAGAACUAAACGCGGCAGCAGGUCUGAAUUUCAGUUUAACUGCUAACUAUCGUGGAUUCAACACCUCCCUGUACACACGCAAGGGGUGUCCCAGCAGUGCCUGCGGGGGCGUGGGCAUAUUAAAGGAGUUGAUUAAACAAAACGAGGUUGGCUGUGCCAUGCUGGGACCGUCCUGCACGUACGCCACCUUCCAGCUCACCGACGCGGAGGUCGGGAUAAACCUGAGCAUCCCCAUCAUCUCGGCCGGCAGCUUCGGCCUGUCCUGCAACUACAAGGGCAACCUCACCCGGAUUCUGCCCCCGGCGCGCAAGAUCUCAAGCUUCUUCGUCUACUUCUGGAACUUCACUCACCCGGGCCUCAAGCCACGAUGGGAGACCGUUUUCAUCUACAAGAAGCCCGACAACACAGAGGACUGCUUCUGGUAUAUUAAUGCUUUAGAUUUUGACAACUCAAUCAGAAAGGAAAUACUGAGAACAAAGGAGAAAAUGAAGGAGAAACUACAGAAGAAAGACAGGGAAAGCAACUUGUUCAUCCUCUGUGGAUGUCAGGAAGAUUUCCUCAAUCUGACAUGGGGUGUGAAGCUGGAUUCCAGCGUCCUCUUCAUUGACCUUUACAACCAUGAGUACCAUCAAAACACGACAGCUGACUCAGCCAUGCAAAAUGUUCUAGUCCUCACAUUACCGUACCAGAGAAACUACUCCAGUUAUCCCUACAAUCUUUCAGGAGUAGAACAGAUAAAGAGACUGAGUGACUAUGUCAUAGGGUAUCAUGACAGUGUCCUGCUCUUUGGACACGUGCUAAGGCAGAUGGCAGAAUCACCCCCCAUCAGCAUGGAAAACAGUGGCGAGCAGGAGGUCUUGACAAGUAGUCCCUUCAGGAACAUCUCCUUUGAAGGAAUGGCUGGGCACUAUGUACUGGAUGAAUACGGGGACAGGGAUGUGAAUCUUUCCAUCCUUUAUGUGGACAAUGUUGACAAUCAGUACAAGCUUCUGUUUGAGUUUGACACGUCCACCAACGUGACCACAGUUGUCAAUGAAAAGCCUUGUUGCUUCCUGUGGGCUGAUGGAGGCCUGCCAGAUGACCGCCCCCUGGUAAACGAGCUCAACAUCGUUGUCCUCAUUCUGGGGAUCGUCUUGCUGGUGAUGUCAGUCAUUGCUUUCGUGUUCUACAGGCAAAACAAAAGAGCACGUGAGAUCAAGAAGAGGUGGUUCCAUAUCGAGUCCAGCCUCAUUUGUCCCGUGGAUGGGAAGGAGCACAGCCUAGUCUCCUUGAAGAUUGAUGAAGAUCACAGGAAAGAGAGCACCGAGAGAAUGCAUGUGGCUCGCUAUGACAAAAAGAUUGUGAUUCUUAAGGAGCUCUACCACACAGACGGCUAUUUUAGCGAGACCCAGAGGAUCGAGCUCAAUGCGUUGCUACGCAUCGACUACUACAAUUUGACGAAGUUCUACGGCACGGUCAAAUUCGAGCAUGGUGUCUUUGGGGUCUUCGAGUACUGCGAACGGGGAUCCCUGAGGUAUGUACUGGAUGAUAAAAUCUCCUACCCAGAUGACACCUUUAUGAACUUGGAGUUCAAGACUUCGGUCAUGUAUGACAUUGCCAAGGGCAUGUCUUACCUCCACUCCAGCAGCAUCAGUGUCCACGGGCGCCUGAAGUCCACCAACUGCGUGGUGGACAACCGCAUGGUGGUGAAGAUCACCGACUUUGGCUGUAACACGAUCCUGGUCCCGGGAAAAGACCUGUGGACAGCGCCGGAGCACCUGCGCAGAGGAGGCGUCUCCCAGAAGGGCGACGUGUACAGCUACGCCAUCAUUGCACAUGAGAUCAUGCUGAGGAAGGCCCCCUUCUACACCAGGGCCUGCUCCGACACUGCAGAGAAGCUGUUCAGAGUGGAGCACCCCACACCCACAUGUUUCUUCAGACCUGACCUCGGCUUUCAGGUGCAGGGAGAGGCAGAACAGGAGCUGCACGGACUCAUUAAGAACAGUUGGGACGAGGACCCAGAGAAAAGAGCGGACUUCAAGAAGAUUGAGAGCUCCCUGAGCAAGAUUAUCAGUAACCUCCACGACCGGGCCAACGAAAGCUACAUGGACAACCUGAUCCGGCGGCUGCAGAUGUACUCCCGCAACCUGGAACACCUGGUGGAGGAGCGUACGGCUCUCUACAAGGCCGAGAGGGACCGGGCCGACUGCCUCAAUGUCAUGCUGCUGCCUGCUCCCGUAGUGAGGUCCCUGAAGGAGACGGGCCACGUGGAACCGGAGCUCUUCGAGGAGGUGACCAUCUACUUCAGCGACAUAGUGGGCUUCACCACGCUCUGCCAGUACAGCACGCCCAUGGAGGUGGUGGACAUGCUUAACGACAUCUACAGGAACUUCGAUAGCAUCCUCGACAACCACGAUGUCUACAAGGUGGAGACCAUUGGUGAUGCCUACAUGGCGGCAUCAGGGCUUCCACGCAGGAACGGAAACAGGCAUGCUGUGGACAUCACCCGCAUGGCUCUGGAUAUCUUGUCAUUCCUGGGCAGCUUCAAGUUACGCCACAUGCCCAGCCUGCCUGUAUGGAUGCGCAUCGGGAUCCACUCAGGUCCCUGCGCUGCUGGGGUAGUGGGUGUGAAAAUGCCGCGCUACUGCCUGUUUGGUGACACUGUUAACACCGCCUCCCGGAUGGAGUCCACAGGCCUCCCUCUGCGAAUCCACAUCAGUCAGCCCACUAUUGAAAUCCUCCAGAGGACAGACUGCAAGUUUGAGUUUGAGAGGAGAGGGGAGAUCUACCUUAAAGGUAAAGGCACUGAGACGACCUACUGGCUGACGGGCAUCACUGGCGAGGUGUAUAACCUGCCCACCCCCCCCACGGCAGAGAACUUCCUGAGGCUGCAGGAAGACCUGGCAGGCAUGAUCAAGUCCACCCUGGAGAAGCGGGGGCGUGCGGAAGGGCUGGACAGGAGUAACACCCUCUCCAUCCGAGGGAGGAGGAGGAGGAGGGACGAAGGCCAGGCUGACUACCAACCGGAGUACCUUCACUUGCCCACACUGAAUGAUUUUACCACGUACCUAUAGCCUUGCAGGUGAAAAAGAAAGCGCCCUCUGCUGGUGACUCCUGAGUCCAGCUCUGUGGUUCUCACAAACCAUGAGUCUCCAUUAUUCUGUGAGUGACACUCCACUAAAACGACAAGAACAACCAGGACCAAUACUUACGAGACAACUGAACAAUAUACUCAAUAAUAUUGCAUCCCAAUCAUCUGCCUAUAGACAUGUCAAUCUAAUGCAUUUAACCCAUACACCCUAUAUUUACCUUGUAAAACCAGACUGUUGUCUACAAAAAAGUACAUGAUCUUUACAUAUGAUAUUGUUUCUUCUAAUACCUGUGUGGUACUAUUGGUUUUUCCUUUGCAACUUUAUUUUUGAUUUUGAUAGUUUCUUCUUCAGUUCACUUGUUCUUUCACAGCAGUUAUCAUUGAUAUCCUAAUACUACAUUUCAUGUAGCUCUGAUAGGUAAUAUGUUACAAAAUGUUUUAUUACAGCAUGCUUUGACAAUAUCCAUGCAUUUCAA